UUCCUUCACUUCCAAGAAUAUUCCGUUAAACAAAAGGGGUCGGUGUUUCCCAAAAUCUCUGUGCUCAUUAGCCCUAAUUUCCGAUCAACACCUCCCCCACCGUCGCACCACCCCUUCCACCGUCGCACGACCGUCGCACCGUCGAUUGUGGACUUCGGAAAUCAACUUGUUUCCGGUGGAACAAUGGCGCUAUGUUCCUCUAUUCAAUCAAAUCAAACGACUUUAUAUCACUUCCUUCACCUCUUCUCUCUCUCUGCUCCUAUUAUACCGUUUCCAUUUGAAACAAUGAAGAUCACAACUUUUGUUGGGUAACGUCAAACGCGACCGAAGGAGGUGUUACAACAAAAAGAAAAUUAGAAAUCCAUAAAAUGAGGGACCCCAAUUUGAUCACUAAGCUGAACAAGGGUAUUUGUUAUUACUGUAUUCUUACAAAAUAGGGUUUCCUUAUAGGAGUGGCAAAUUUGUAUAUUUUUCUGUUGUAUAGAAUAUAGAUAGUCAAUUUUCGGUUUUUUUUUUUUUUUUGUAAAAAAAAAAGAAAAGAAUUGUUGCUGUGGUUUGAGUGAUUAUUCGAGGUCUAUGUAAUCGGUUAAUCAAGGAAACUUAGGUGGCAAUAUAAAGCUGGCAAGUUUGGCAGAAACCGUUGCUGCCUAUGCGUGCAAUGAGGGGUAGAUGGAUAACAUAUAAACUUCGUUUAUCGUGUUUCUUGCUUUUUGUUCUUGAUUUAAUUCAAGGGUGUUCUUCACUGAACCCUGAGGGUCUGGCGUUGUUGGAUUUUCGGGCAGGAGUAUCUAAUGAUCCGUUUAGCGUGUUCGCAAGCUGGAAUCCUAGUGACCAUGAUCCUUGCUCAUGGUCUAAUGUUCGUUGUGUCGAUGGGAUCUCAACGAGCUAUCUUUGGAAGGAGUAUUAGCACCUGGGAUAGGGAACCUCACACAUUUGAGAUGUCUGUGAGUGCUCUUCCGUUUUGUCUUGUUCUCUCACAGAAUAAGUUCUCCGGAGUUAUUCCGAAAGAGCUUGGUGAACUCACCAUGUUGGAAGUACUAGACUUGAGGGAUAAUAACUUUAGUGGACAUAUUCCAUCAGAGCUUGGAAGAAUGCCUUCAUUAAAACGGUUAUUGCUCUGUAACAACAAUCUUGAAGGCUCUAUUCCCAUGGAACUCAGGACUCCCAACUUUCUUUAUGAAAUGCAAUAUGACGAAAACCUUCUAUCUCUUGUUGCCAAUGGGGUUGGAUGUCUAAAUAGGAAAUUUGGACGAUGCGUAUGGCAAGGAGGCUCUAAACUUCAAAAGAAAGCUGAUUCUCUUCUAAUACAAAUCAAAGAAAUAGUUAUUAGUUACCUCAACCCGUUCCAACUUUUCAGGAUUCACAGAAGCUCCUCAAUCAAUUGCUCUAUAAAUGAAAAAUGUGAAUUGGAAGCAGAAACGGUGGAAAACGUUGUACGUCGAAAGCUAGCAGAAGAAUCUUCAAACCUAGCAGCUGCACCAUCUCCUAGGGAUGGGAUUGGGCCACCUAAGAUCAUAGCUCUCCCAACGACUAGAAGUAGUGGAUCAUUUCCUGCCGUACCCAAGAAUCCACCACCACCACUACCACCACCACCAGUAUCACCACCGCCACCGCCACCACUUAGUCCAGAUAUUCCUCAACCCUCCUCAAAUGAAACUCUACCGCCAGCAAAUCUUACUCCUCAAAGUGGAAGUAGUAGCUCAGAUAAGUGGAAGGUUUGGGUGAUAAUAAGUUUUUGUAUACUUUUGCUUAUAAUCAUCGCCAUGGUGCUCUGGUGCGUGUGUAGAAGUCGAGCAGUAAAGACCAUAGGCCCUUGGAGGACAGGCAUCAGUGGACAAUUGCAGAAAGCUUUUAUUACAGGGGUUCCAAAGCUAAACCGCACAGAGCUAGAAACAGCAUGUGAGGAUUUUAGCAAUAUUAUCGAGACGAGUGAAGGGUAUACACUAUACAAAGGAACAUUAUCUAGUGGAGUCGAGAUUUGUGUAGCAGCUACCUCCAUUGCCAGUCUCAAAGAUUGGUCAAAACGUGCAGAAUUAGGGUUCCUUAAGAAGAUUGAUGCAUUGUCACGAGUGAAUCACAAAAACUUCGUUAAUCUUCUUGGUUAUUGCGAGGAAGACGAACCUUUCGUUAGGAUGAUGGUGUUUGAGUAUGCUGCUAAUGGCUUACUCUCAGAGCAUCUACAUGUUAAAGAGCUUGAACAUCUUGAUUGGAGUUCGAGGAUGAGAAUUAUCAUGGGAACAGCUUAUUGUCUUGAAUACAUGCACGAAUUGAACCCUCCUGUACCCCACACCAAUUUGACCUCGAGAACGAUCUGUUUGACGGAUGAUUAUGCACCCAAAGUUGCAGAGAUGGGUUUUUGGAACGAUUUGGUAUCAAAAGCGAAGUUAUCUGCCGAUUCUGAAUCAGAGCAUUCUGCACUGCCGCCACUUAUCGAUACAGAGACAAACGUCUACUCUUUUGGUAUCUUAAUGCUUGAAAUCAUUUCUGGCAAGCUUCCUUAUUCAGAGCAACAAGAGCCUCUCGUAGCUUGGGCUGCACAAUAUCUAAACGAUAAAAGAAACACCAGUGACAUGAUUGACCCGACAUUAGAAUUCUUUAAGCAACACGAACUUGACUUCAUAUGUGAGGUUAUCGAAGAAUGCAUUCAGCAGGAUGCUCGAAAGAGACCGACAAUGAAAGAAGUGGUUACAAAAUUGAAGGAGGUGCUAAAGAUUUCACCAGAUCAAGCAAUUCCUCGGCUCUCACCUCUUUGGUGGGCUGAACUUGAGAUCUUAUCUGGAGAGACUACAUAAACAAACAAGAACCACUAAAGUACACAAUUCCGUUUGUCAUCAUCGAUGUUUGUAGAUUUCAUUGCAUGUGUCCGGUGUGCUUGAACUUUUUUGAGGAUUUGUUUGUCGAGUAACGGUUUGUCUCGUGCGUCACGAUGAUAUUAGUCAAGAUUUAUGCUGAAUAUGUAUGUUGGGAGAAUGUAAAUUUAGAGAGAAUUGGUUUAGAGUUGAAAAUACAAACUAGUUAAGCUUAA